GAGGUAUUAGAUAUUGAGCAGUUGCCACGGUGAAAGCUCCCGCGGUUUACAACUAAUUCUACUACGGUUGAUAUUUUUGCUGAACUUCUCAAUACUGUACACAAUUUUUUUCGAAUUUCUUGAAAAUGUCCUCAAUUCCACGUGUGUCAAGUUAGUUGACAUGAAAAAGAAAGGGAUAAUACUACGUUUCUUUUUGUCUGCUCACAAUGACAGAUGAUUUAAUGUCUUCACCCGAGGAUGACAUUUUCGUAGAUAAAGGAGAACUCUUGCGAGAAGAAUACGCUAACCUAAACAAUGAGAUUGAAGCAAUUUCCGAAGAAAUAUUAGACAUACAAAGUGAAUUAAUACUUACUGAACAUUCUAUCCAAGAACAAGAAGUUAAGAAUAAUGAAUAUAACUCGUACUUGGAGAAAAAGCAGUCGAAACGUUUGAAAAAUACAAUAACGUUAGAAGAUUAUUAUUUGUUUACCGUGAAUGAAUUAGAGAGAGAUAGAGAUGAAAUGUUGACUAUGUUCGCUAAAAAAAAGUCUGAAUUACAGGAUGUUUUACUACAGGAGAAAAAACUGCUUAAACAUGUCAAAGAAGAAUUAGUAUCAACAGCAGAUAUUCAAUUAAUUCGUCAAAAACAAGAAGCAGAAAUUGAACGUUUAGAAAAAGAAAUAAGAGCUACCCGCAAUUACCAAUCAGAAAAACUUCAACAGUUUAAAGAGACAUCUAAACAAAAACAUUUGGAGUUGGAAAAAGAAGCUAAGACUAUCUUGGAUAAUGUGACUGAAAAAAGUAAAAAGAUUUCAAACAAACUGAUCGUUGAACAUGUUAAUAAGAUAUGUAAAGAAAAUGAAGAAUUGUAUAAGGAUAUCCUAAAUAAAUCAGAAUUAAUAAAAGCUAUGGAAGCAGAAAAAUCAAACUUGGAGAAAAAAAAUGAAGAGGUCAGACAUAAUCAGGUGUUUUCCAAGGACCUGGAGUAUGUUGAAUAUAAACGUCGCGAAGGCUUGUCACAACUGAAAAGUUUAUCAACACAGAAAUAAAACAGCAUUAAGUUGCCAUAUAUUAUCAAAAGCAAACGGACUUUUUAAAAACUGUUGUUUCCAUCAUUCUAUUUUUAUGUAAUUAGUUUUCUUUACGGAUUUGAGUAGAGCCAGAGUAACAUUAAAAUCAGAAUACUAUGAAUUCAUUA